AUGAACAGCGGAAAUAAAACAAAUAUAUUUCUUUAUUGUAAUUAUUACAGUUUUUACUCUCAAAAGGUAUUAAUGGCUUUAUAUGAAAAAAACAUAGAAUUUGAACCGUUAAUUGUUGACAUAACGAAAGGAGAGCAAUAUUCUUCAUGGUUUUUAGAAUUAAAUCCUCGAGGUGAAAUUCCUGUUCUUAAAAUACAUAAUGAGAUUAUACCGGACUCUACAAGAAUUAUGGACUACUUGGAAUACCAUUUAGAUCAAGAUGUACCGCCUCUCAUCAAUAUAUCACGUGAUAGCAAAGUAAUUAAAAACGUGAACCGGUUCCGUGAUCUUUUAGAAGCUCUACCAGCUGGGGUAAUUACUGUUGGUUCCUUUUUUCAUCCUCACUUAUGUGGAACUCCUAAAUUGCCAUUUAUUUUUCCAGUAAGAGAAGUACUUAAAAGUGGAGAUCUAGUUAGUUCCAAAAAUCUGAGAAAACUGGCAGAGGAGAAUCCAAAGGCAAAAAGUAUUUUGCUAUAUAAAGCGGACAUUCAAGAUAGGAAACAUGAAAUUUUAACAAAUGAAGAGGAAUAUGUGAAAGUAUUGAAUGUUGUUGAUGCUGUACUAUCUCAAGUAGAAGAACAACUUGCAGAACAAAGUGAAGAACAUUGGCUGUGCUGUGAAAACUUUAGCAUAGCUGAUAUAAAUUUAGCUAUACUCCUCCAACGUUUAUGGGAACUUGGCUUUGAAGGGAGGUUUUGGACUGGAGGAAAACGACCACAUAUUGAAAGUUACUUUAAUAGAGUAAAACUCCGUGACUCAUUUGUGAAAACCAUUCCUAAUCUGGGUGUUAUUUUAAAAAUGAUAAUAACUUCACAACCUCCUGCAUAUGUUGGAGCUGCUGGUAUAGUAUCAGUGGGUGUUGUUGUUGCCCUUGCUUAUAUGUUGAAGAAAUUGAUU